AUGUCUGUCUGCUCCAGUGAUGUGGGCUGUGUCAGCCGAGUCUCCUCCCCCAGCACCUGCACUGGCUCCUCCUGGCAGGUGGACAAUUGCCAGGAAAGCUGCUGCGAGCCCCACUCCUGUGCCUCCAGCUGCUGUACCCCUAGCUGCUGUGCCCCAGCCCCCUGCCUGGCCCUGGUCUGUGCCCCAGUGAGCUGUGAGCCCAGUCCCUGCCAAUCAGGCUGCACCAACUCCUGCACACCUUCAUGCUGCCAGCAGUCUAGCUGCCAGCCGGCUUGCUGCACCUCCUCCCCAUGCCAACAGGCCUGCUGUGUGCCUGUGUGCUGCAAGUCCAUCUGCUGCAAGCCGGUGUGCUGCGUGUCCGUGUGCCCUGGAGCUUCCUCCCCAUGCUGCCAGCAGUCUAGCUGCCAGUCAGCUUGCUGCACCUUCUCCCCACGCCAACAGGCCUGCUGUGUGCCCAUCUGCUGCAAGCCCAUCUGCUGUGUGCCUGUCUGCUCUGGGGCUUCCUCUCUGUGCUGCCAGAAGUCUAGCUGCGUAAGCUGUGUGUCCAGCCCCUGCUGCCAGGCGGCCUGUGAGCCCAGCCCCUGCCAAUCAGGCUGCACCAGCUCCUGCACGCCCUCGUGCUGCCAGCAGUCUAGCUGCCAGCCAGCUUGCUGCACCUCCUCCCCCUGCCAGCAGGCCUGCUGUGUGUCCAUCUGCUGCAAGCCCGUGUGCCGUGUGCCCGUCUGCUGUGGGGCUUCUUCAUGCUGCCAACAGUCUAGCUACCAGCCAGUUUGCUGUGCCUCUUCCUCCUGCCAGCAGGCCUGCUGUGUGCCUGUCUGCUACAAGCCUGUGUGCUGUGCGCCCACCUGCUCUGAGGAUUCCUCUUCAUGCUGCCAACAGUCUAGCUGCCAGCCAGCUUGCUGCAUCUCCUCCCCCUGCCAGCAGUCCUGCCGUGUGCCCGUCUGCUGCAAGCCUGUCUGUUGUGUGCCUGUCUGCUCUGGGGCUUCCUCUCUGUGCUGCCAGCAGUCUAGCUGCCAGCCGGCUUGCCGCACCACCUCCUGCUGCAGACCCUCCUCCUCUGUGUCCCUCCUCUGCUGCCCUGUGUGCAGGCCCGCCUGCUGCGUGCCCGUCUCCUCCUGCCAGCCCAGCUAUUGCCGCCAGGCCUCCUGUGUGUCCCUUCUCUGCCGCCCUGUGUGCUCCCGCCCGGCCUGCUACAGCUUCUCCUCAGGCCAGAAGUCCAGCUGCUGA